UUUAUAUAUAAUAAUGUCUUUUAUUUGUUGUUUUUUAUGACCGAACGGAUAAAAAGUCGUAGUUUGAUUAAUUUAUUUCUUAAAUGUGAAAACAUCCAUAACCGUCAAAUUCAAAUGUCAAAUGUUCGUAUUUUUGAACCAAUCAGAUAGCUGCAUCUUCGACAGUGGCGCCGCCACUAACUUUCCAGAUAGUUUGGUCGUUUAGAAAUAAAACAUUUUACCGCACAUAAUUCGAUAGAUGUUUUUUCCUAUAGGAGUAAAUUAAAGUAUCCCCUUUAAUAUGUAUAUUAACAAAUUUACAUAUUGUUCAGUCAAUGUUUUUUUUAAUAUGUCUAGUUUUCUGAUUAUCGUAAUGUUGCCUUUAUCCAAAAAUAAUCAUCAAUAGAAAUAAAUUCGUAGGUAAAUCAAAUUUACAUUUGUAAUAACGUUAAAUAUGACAAUUUGACGACAAUUUUUUUUCAUAAAAGUAGAAAAAAAAACGCUUUAUGUGUGAUUUUUAAUAGAAUUUUCAGUCUACCCUCUUUUAUUUAUUGAAGUUUUUCUCAAUAUUUGUUAACCAGCGUGUAAAAUUUGAUUGUAAUGUUUUUUAUAGUAUUGUUUAAUUCAUUUUAAAAUUGUUUUAGUACAAAUUGAAAAUCGGCUUAAACAGAUAAAAGCUACCGAUAUUAUUUUAUUUCUGAUUGUUGAAUUAAAAAAAAAUAAGCCAUACUUUAUUGAUAUAGGUUUCAUUUAUUUUUUACACGAAACUAGAGUAAUGUCAUGUAAUGACAAGGAGAAUGAUUUCGCCUGUACGUAGUAAUCAUUAAUGUAGGUAGAAUUAUUUCUUUUACAAAAUAAUAUUUUUUUACCGCUUACCUAGUAUCUAACGUAGUGUGUAAGUUAUUGAGGGUAGUGAAUUAUUAUUUAGUAAAACUGAAAUUGUUACAUUGUAUCAAUAUUUGUAUAGAAGGUUAUGGAUUGCGACAAGUCCUUUAUCCAUUAGAAAUUUGGCAUAUAUAGUGCUAUUCAAACUUUAUGGCAGCUCGCAAUUUUGAGACGCUAUGAAAAUAUCAUUUUAGAGAAAGGGGCGAUCUUUGACGAUUUUGGCGUCAACGAAAUAAAAUAUUGAUAUAGCUUUUUCGACUAUGACGAUCUACGAUCAACGAUUAAUUUAUCCACCCUGACGCUACAUCUAACCUCGAGCCGCCAUAAAGUUUGACUCUUGUUAUACCAUCUUUUCUUUCUAUCUUGAACAGUUUGUAUUAGUUAUCAGUUAUAAUUCUACGGCUUUUUACUUUAAAUGUUUUUUUUUUGUAAUAAUUAAGGUGUUGUGUAGAAAAUUCUAAUGGAUAAAGACUUGAAAAUGGAAUUGAUCAAGUCUUAUCAGGUAUCAUGAUUUAAUUCUAAUAGUUUUUGUGUAUAGUAUAUUAAUUAAAAAAUACAAUUGUUUGUUUCGAACUAUACGCAAGUAAAUACGAAAUAUUUUCUCUUGUCUCUACAGGUAAUAGCCGUCACACAACAUUAGUUUAAUUCUGUCGCAUUUUUGAAAAUAAACAUAAAAAAAAAUUCUGAUUCAUAAUCACAGAAUAGUGAAAUUUCAAUUAAUGCUUAUUGAGCAAUAAAUAAUUUAAUGAUAUCUAUACACUGUCUUCUAUACGUAGACGUAUUAAAAAGUUCUUUGUUAUAAACGAAAAAAAAAAAAUUUUUUUUCUUUAUAUAUUAUCCCUGUCAAAGUACAAUAAAGUACCCAGCAAUAAAAUUUAUAACCUAAAAUGUCUAACAUGUCGUGUUUUGUUUCUUAAUUUUCGUAAUUUAUGUACUCGUAUUACUUUGGAAAAUAGCGACGUAUACUAAAGUUGCAAGUGAAUGCGUUUAUUGUAUGAUAGUGGAUUAUUUUGCAAGUACUAAAGUACAUUACGUAUUAAAAGAAUUGUGCGUAUUCAUCUGUUAUUCAAUAUCAUUUUUGAUGUAAAUCAUACAUCAUUAAAUAUACAAUGGUGAUAACAUUAUUUGUUUUAAUUCUUCCUAUCCUAUUUGAACAUUGAUUGUAAAUAAUAACCUGAGUUCGCAGUUGAAUGUCAUAUAGUGAGCAGCACACACAGCAGAGGCGAUUUCGACAAACGAAGAAAGAAUUUAGAACAAGGGAGGAUGAACAGACCAUGGCUAUGCAGUCGAGCUGAGGUCGGACGGCGCUAGCGGUGGUCGGAUCGGUGAAGUUGCGAAAGAUGCGCUGGAUAUUCCCCGUCCCAGUUCUUCUGAUGUCCUGGUUUGGAGUGGACCAAGUAAAAGCAAACUCGUGCAUCAGAACUGCAUUAUGGGCACUAUCUCUCAGCCCCCUUGUUCAGGCGAAAUGCCAAACGCGGUCGAUAUACUGCUACGAGUGCGACAGUUGGACGGACUCGAGGUGCAAGGAUCCAUUCAACUACACCGCAUUGCCCCGCGACCAGCCACCUCUGCAGACCUGUAACGGCUGCUGUGUCAAGAUGGUGCGCUACUCCAAGAGUCCAUACGAGGUGGUGAGGCGAACGUGCACAUCACAGUUACAAAUCAAUCUAUUCAUGGUGGACCACGUUUGUAUGAUGGAAAGUACAGGCACUGGUCACAUGUGUUUCUGCGAGGAGGACAUGUGCAAUGCGGCGCCGACUGUCGACGUCGACGCCACGCUGGCGCUGCUCGCACUAACCCUGCUAGCAUGUGCAUGUUGCAGGUGAAGUAGGACGGUAGUGAUGGCCGGUUGUUCAUCGAUCGAUCUGCGAUUCCCCAUAUUGUUGACGAUCGAUUUUAUUCGAAUCGACUCGAUCAUACAAUCGAACCGCAAAAUGCGGAUG